CCAAAGUUUGAGGGACCAGUUGUGCAAUUUACCAAAUCUUAUGCCCUGCUCUCGUUGGAGAAAUACUUCGAACACCUUCCUCCUCCUCUUCUCCCCCAACCAUCUUCGUUCUCGCAUCCUCAAUUUCAUCUUCUCCUUCUUUUUCUUGUUUUAAUUCUCCGCCAAUCUCCGUGGACUGCUUCAAUCGGUGUUCAAGCAGGGAAAUGGGCUUGCCCUAGUAAUGGCGAGUGCGAAGUGAGAGGGCUUGUGGCCAUGGCGUGUUGUCGCUUGUCGCACCACCCUCACAUCUACUCGUUCUGGAGGGAGGUUUACUCUCUAGGAGGCGGCUUGUUUCGUGCGAGAGCGACGGGGUUUCGUUGUGGUCCAGUUACUCUCAGCAAAAAGGGUUAUUCGAAGUCAUCAACUUUGCAGAAGUCAGAUUCGUCAGAUGUUUCACGAAUUCCAUUUUAUGACAAGAGGGUGAUUCAGACCAUAUCGACUGAUUCUUCAAAGCCUAGAGAGAAUGACACUCAUGUGGAUCCUUCAAAUAACAGAGUGAUGCUCAUUGACGGAACUGCAAUUAUGUACAGAUCUUAUUACAAGCUUCUAGCAAAAUUGCAACAUGGUAUGUUGGAGCAUGCUGAUGGGAAUGGAGAUUGGGUUCUAACAAUAUUCACGGCUCUAUCUCUCCUGUUUGACGUUUUGGAGUACAUUCCAUCUCAUGUAGCGGUGGUGUUUGACCAUGAUGGAGUUCCGUAUGGUCAAAGUACUGCUAUACCAUCCAAAGAAUGUUACAUGGCAAAAGGUUUGACAUUUCGUCACAUGUUAUACCCAUCUUAUAAGAGCAACCGCAUCCCAACACCAGACACUGUUGUUCAGGGCCUGCAGUAUUUGAAAGCAUCUAUUAAAGCAAUGUCGAUCAAAGUAAUUGAGGUUCCAGGAGUUGAGGCUGAUGAUGUUAUUGGGACUUUGGCCGUCAAUAGUGUUUCUGUGGGCUACAAGGUGAGAGUUGUCUCCCCAGAUAAGGAUUUUUUUCAGAUAUUAUCGCCUUCGUUACGUUUGCUGCGAAUUGCUCCUCGCGGACCUGGGAUGGCCUCAUUCGGGGUGGAAGAUUUUGCCAGGAGAUAUGGGGCUCUAAAACCCUCUCAAUUCGUUGAUGUGGUUGCACUCGCCGGUGACAAAUCUGACAAUAUUCCAGGAGUUGAGGGCAUUGGAGACAUAGGUGCUGUAAAACUGAUUACUAAGUUUGGUUCCUUGGAAAAUCUAUUGCAAUCUGUGGAUCAAGUUGAGGAGGAACGGAUUAAACAGGCUUUGAUAUCAAAUGCCGAUCAAGCCCUCCUUUGCAAGAACUUGGCAACAUUGCGGUCGGAUCUUCCGACUUAUAUGGUUCCUUUCAAAACGCCCGACUUUGUGUUCCGUAAGCCACAGGAUACUGGAGAGAAAUUCAUAGCCCUGCUGCGUGCCAUCGGAGCAUACGCAGAAGGCUUCUCUGCGGAUCCCAUCAUCCGACGAGCAUCGUACCUCUGGAACAAACUUCAAACAUGAUAAAACCAUGCAAUUUUGAGUUGUGAUUACAAGGUGAUUGUCCUUGAAAUGUUUAACAUCAUCUCCCUGAAAGGAAAAAAAAAAAAGUGAAAGAAAAAAGUGAAAAAAGAAAUUUCCAGGAGAAAUUUUGGGCAAAAAUUAACACUGUUAACGAGGAAGGAUUACAAAGUGUAGAGCAUAGCAGCGCCACAAUUUAAUGUCGAGGACACCGAUCUCUAACGAGUUUUCAGAUUAAUUUCUCUGAGAUUCUGAGUGCUCUGAAUCUGCAUCCAUGUAAUAUUUUCGCAUCCACUAACAUUCGACGGAUGGUUAAUGAGAAAUACCUGUUGUCGAGUAGUGUAUGAUUCAUUCCCAGGGCAUGUUUGGUUCGCCCCUGGAAUCGAUUCAGUAUAUGUGCGGUUCCUUCGGUUUGCAA